AUGCUUCAUGGACAUGAACGUUCCAUUACACAAAUCAAGUACAACAGAGAUGGUGACUUGCUGUUUUCCGCUGCAAAGGAUACAAAACCAAAUGUCUGGUACUCAUUAAAUGGAGAAAGACUUGGGACUUAUAAUGGCCAUGGUGGUGCUGUUUGGUGCAUUGAUGUUGAUUGUAUCCUUGAGGAAAUUAUUUUGUAAAAAUAGCCAUGGAAAGUCUAAAUUUUUACUGCUUUUACUUGUACGUCUUCAUCAAGUUACAGAUUGCAAGGGUGUGCAAUGAUUAAUCACCGUGCUAUAUCCAGAUGAGCUAACCAAUCCAAGGUGAGGCCUCAAAUUGGGCACAUUUGUUAAAGCCUAAAAUUUGAAUUUUUUUUUUUCUGGUCCUUUUUAAAUACCUGCAUGUACAAAUUUACAGCUGUAGGUUGGUCAUACAGCUGUGUCAGACGAUCUCAUCCAGAAUACAUCUGUUUCAUCUGGGCUCUUAUUCAAAUGUUUUAAUUAGCUCAGUUAGGUGGAGAGUUGCAUCAGGCCUCACAAAAGUUUACAGUUUGUUGACCAACCAUUUGAGGUGAAUGUUGACCUAGGACAAUCACUUCCCUAUUCACGAUCCUAACUGAUUUUGAGUGGCAAAUAAAAUUAAGGCUCUGUUUGCACUACGGCAAAAAUUAACGUUUGAUGUGUGCAAAAAAAUUGAAAAUUUUGUAAAAACCAUGUUUUUGUUUUCACAUUAAUUCUUGUUCACAUCUGAGACAAGCAAAAUGUUUUUGUAUAACCAGAAAUGUCAAUUAAAGGAACUUUAAUUGGUCUUGUUCUCGAAAUAAGAUGACCUUUGGGUAUCCUCCUAUGGCCUUUUUUCCUGUGAUCUCAACAGCAACUGGCAUUCACAGAUUGAGAAACAGGUGGCCGUCUCUGUUUUCUCAGCUGGUUGACAAUUAUGGCGACAACUCAGCCGAUAACCCCUUUCUAUCAACCAGUCAAAUCCAGUGUAAUUGAAAAUAAAAUAGUUAAUGCUGAAGAAGCUGAAGCCAUGGAAGCCGAUGAUAAGUUGUUUUAUGCUUUUAUUCCAUUUCCUGAGAAAUAUUAUUUAGUGACUAUGGAGGGAGGAGGUGUAGGGUUGUGAGGGAGAAGUAAUUUGCCACAAAAAAAGUUCAAUUCAGUUUCUCAACCAAACUUUGAACCGCCCCAAUAAAAAUUUCCUGGAUCCGCCCCUGCCCAAGAAAGGAUCGCUGUCAAGGAACAAAUAAUUUUUGUCGCCUGACAGAAAAUUGUAGGCCAGGCCUCCACGUGUUCUUGACAGCAUCUUUGUAGUUUGGUGACAGUCUAGAAAAAAUUGGUUGGUGAAAAAAAUUGUUUGCACUAGAAAUGGCUUCCUGUUGACAGACUUUUUUGCAAGCAAUCAAAAUCUUUUGUAGUGCAAACAGGACCUACAGCGCAUGAAAUCUGUAUGCAGUGUAGGUGUUUAUGAUGGCAAGUUAAAGACAAGCCAUUAUAUAUAUAGCCCAUGCACAUUGGACACAAAACUUUGAUUGUACAGUUAGGAAGUGUGAAAUAAAACAAUCAGAGAGAUUCGUAUCAUUAAUUAGUUGACCAGGAGUUUGUUUCUGAGGUAUAUUCUAGUUGUUUUUCAUUGGGGUUUAAAGAGGUGUACAUGUGACCCAUGUACUCAGGUCUAUCGAUUAGUCAUAACUUUGUUAAUAAAUUAAGUGAAUUUUGCAACAACACAUAAACACACAGGGUCUAGAGGAGUUUCAUGUGAAUAAAUGAAUUACUUAUUUUAAGUCUCACCUUGCAAAAUGUCUAUACCUGUCGCUUAGCAUGAUUAAUUAGCCCAAUGGGAUCUUAAUGAAUCUACUGUAAACGAUUUCUUCGCUUCUUAUCUGACAUGUGAAUAAAUGAAUUACUUAUUUUAAGUCUCACCUUGCAAAAUGUCUAUACCUGUCGCUUAGCAUGAUUAAUUAGCCCAAUGGGAUCUUAAUGAAUCUACUGUAAACGAUUUCUUCGCUUCUUAUCUGACCAGAUCAACUUUGUUGUUCGCCAUUUUGAAAAUGAAUAACCGCAAGCCAUAUCCUCGCUGGAGCACGGAACGUCGCCCGAAGGGCGACCAAGGCACAAAGUGCCGAGUGUAAGCCGAUCUUGCGAGCCCUCAGUCUCUUGGUUUGUGGUCUAUAGAAUGUGUAACGAAACUGUAACGCGAUCAAAAUGACCCAUUUUUUCAGAGGUUUUCAACGGGUUUUGAUGUUCUUACGACAAACACAUCUCCUCUGGACCCUGUGAUGAAUAUGGCUGUACUUCCUUAACUUGUGACAUCCUGUCCUCAGGGGAAACAAAGCAUUUCAUUUCAGGGUCAGCUGAUAACAGCUUAAGAUUCUGGGAUUGUGAAACAGCCACAACGUUAUCCAAAUAUGAAACAAAAACCGCUGUUAGGGCAUGCGGCUUCUCUUUUUGUGGUAAACAAAUAAUGAUGACAACUGACAGACAGAUGGGCCAUGAAUGCAUUCUCAUGUUAUACGAUGUCAGAGAAGGUGAGCAUGCUAAUCUUGUACAGCAGGGUAAGUCCUGUUUAGUCAUUAGUUGUACAAUGCAACUAUAAUUUAGAUAAUGUACAGUACCGCUCAAAAGUAAGUUACCAGUCACUUUUCAUUUCCUGAGCGACAAGAAUCGCAUGGCGUGAGAAUCGUUGAAGUAGCAAUUUUUGGCAUACAUGUAACUUAUUGACAACAUGUCCGGCAAGAAACCAACUAAUAAUGUGUAGCAUUGCCUUGAAAACUAAAGAAAACAGUGGUUAAAUUUUGGAUAAAUUUAAGUUUUUAUAGGUGCUUAUUGCACAAUAUUAUGUUGUAACAUGACCUCAUUAAUUUUUUCUCAUUUGGGGAACUUUGCCUCCCUUUGGUGGCAUCAUUGGUAAGCUGCUCACAUACAUGUAGCUUAUGCACUGUAUUGUUUCAUGAAAUCCAACCAAUGUACGACUAGUUGUGACUUUUAUUAUUGUAUGGAGAUACCUGGCAAACUUCGUAAAUUUGCACAAAGGUGUACUCAUUACCAAAAAUAUCAGGACCAUUACUCUGUUUCUUACCAUUUACCUUAGUGGUAGCAGUAUACAUGUUAUAAGCACAUGUACAGUGUACAACUGUACUUGAAAGUAUAACUAGGGUACGUGUACUUUUUGUCUGAAGGAUCAAAAGAGCCUUAUCUGAAUAUUCCAAUUGAGGGACCAAAAGUAUCUGCUGCUCUCUGGGGACCACUAGACCAGUAUAUAAUCACAGGACAUGAAAAUGGAGAUCUUUGUCAGUGGGAUACGAAG